AUGCCGGAAAAAGCAAAAGUGGCCGUGAUUGGCCUUGGCGCUUCAGACCUUGCGACUUUAAAGAAUCUCGCCGAGGGUUUUGAUAUCACGGGAUUCGAGCGCAGCAGCUCCAUUGGCGGCGUGUGGAGCUACGAUGUUUCUACUACCAAGACGACCGCACUGGCAAAUGACACUCCUAUAUAUCCGCCAGCCCGCCAAGUACACCAGUACCUUCAGGACUAUGCGUUGUAUUUCAAGCUGAAUGACUUGAUAGAGACAAACACUGAGGUGGUCAAAAUGAUACGGAAUAACAAAGCUGACUGCUGGGAACUGACCUUACGAAGUAACGCUACUGACAGUGCAGAAAUCUUCAUGAGACAGUUUGACCGCGUCGUCAUUGCCACGGGCAUCAAUCAAUUGCCUGUUUCCCCUAAGAUAAAAGGGAUUGAAAGGUUUCGUGGCACAGUGAUCCAUUCUCAGCAGUACAAAGGCCCAAGCGACUUUACCGGCAAACGUGUCCUCGUUGUCGGAUCGAACAAUUUUGCUGGAGACACAGCGACAAACCUGCUUGGAGUAGCGGAGAAAAUCUGCAGCAGUCACCGAAAAGGAACAAUUUUCCUAAAACGAUGGAACAAGAAUAAGCCCGUGGAUCAUAACAUAUCUUGGACCAGGCUGCAGAUCAUGCAAAAUUACAUGGACUAUAUCCCAAAAAUCUACAACUGGUCCAUUAUUCGACUGCAGAAUCAGUACCAUACCCUCCGACCUGAGUGGCAAGUGAACGAAAACCUGCGCCCGUUUACCCAGUGCCUGCCUUUGAUAAAUGACGAAAUUGUUGGCGCGAUGCAAGAAGAGAAGAUCAUACCAGUGGCAAACCUUACUGAGACGCGCAGACAAUUCUCCAUCCUCCGAGACUACCAGGAUGAGUUCCAGAAUACCUACGAUACCCCAAUAACUCUCCCGGGCUCCCGAGCUGACUCCAAGCCUGUCCCAAAACUAUACCAGAAUAUCUUCUCCCUCAACUACCCAGAUUCCCUAGCCUAUGUGUGUGGGGUGGGUUUCCAAAUGGCCGUAUUCCACGUCUACGAUCUGGCAUCAACGGCUCUAGCCCAAGUCCGGAAAGGAAAUAUCACGUUGCCACCUCGAGAUAUGAUGCAGGUUCAGGUCGAUAGCCAUUAUCAGUGGUUUUCGUCCCAGUGGUAUGUUUGGGUCAAUGAGACUGCCGGGACCAAUGUUCACAGCAAGCUGGGGUAUGGGAUGCAGGGGUGGAGGUUCAGGUUGCGUGACAGAUCGUUCUGCAACACAUUGAUGUAUGGGAUGCUUAGCCCACAUCUCUAUCGACUGUUUGACGGACCAAGGAGAAAAAAGUGGGAUGGGGCUAGAACAGAGAUUCUCAGGGUUGUCAAGGAGAUCAACGAAAUGUAA